AUGGGGGCUCCAGCAGUGGCAGCCCAGUCUCUGGAGCCUGAACCCGCUGUAGUGGAGCAUCAGGAGGAGAAGCUGGCCCCGGGCACUGCCGGAGGCAGGGCUGGCACCUCCAUCCAGCAAGGAUCACGCAAGCCGGGGCCUGCGCAGGGCCUCCGGCAAUGCCGUCCUGUGCGCGGGCCGCAGGACGUGGCUCCCAGCUCCCGGGCCUCCAUGCUUGGGCGCAGCAUCGUAGGACCCCGUCGACCCCUUCACUUGCCCGGAAGUUUGCGUCCCGCCCGCUCCGCGCAGGGGCUCCGGGGGCCUGAGGAGCGCCGAGUCUGUCAGCCGGCCAGCUUCGACCUCAGUGUGUGUGACGCCUGGCCGGCGGGCUUCGACUGCUCAGAACCCGCCACCAGCCAGGCCGCCGCGCCACGCCGCGCCGAGCCCGAGCCCGAGCCCCCCGGCCGAAGCCACCCGAAGCCCCCGGCGCUUCAGGGUCUAGGGCCGCCGCGAGCCCUGCCGGGACUUGUAGUCCGCAGCUCCGAGACAGCGGCGGGGGGGGCAGGCCUGAACCACAACUCCCAGGAGGCUACGCGGCGCCGUGACGUAGUGCGCGUGUGGGCAGGAUCUACGGACCCAGCCCCGCCCCGACAGCCUGAGGGGCCUCCAUCCUUGCUUCCGCGGGAAGGAUUCGGGUGGGCUCUGCGCCGCCCCAGACAGGGGACGCGACCACGUCCGCCGGCGCGCGCGCACGUCGGAGAGGGGGCGGACUGCGGGCUGCGGCGCCUCUCCGGGCUGUCACCACCGUGGCGCCCGUGCCCGGGAGGGCCUGCGGACACUACGGCCCCAGGCCUCCCCAGCUACCGAAGACGCGCACGCGCGGGCCCGGACGCGCGGACCAGGCGGCCACGACCUCGCCGCGAAGGGGCGUGGCCUGAACUGGGAGUGCGUCGCCCUCGCUGGCCUUACGUGGCGCACGCAGCCAGGCUUCCCAGUGAGCUCAAAGAGAACCAGACUCUUAAAAGAACUCCUCACUCCCAGCCCAUCCCGCAAAGGUACAUUUUCCUGACUGUGUUUGAAAUCAUACAGCUCAUCUCAGGAGUCACUGAAGCUCAGUUUCCUUAUGCCUUGGUGUGGAGGGAAUUCAACCAGAGGAAGCGAUAGACACCUGCUGUGGACACCCCCCCGGAAUGUGGAGGCUCACGUUGGGCAGAAAAAACAGUGGUCUGAGCAAAACUACUGCCUGCAGAGACGAACGUCCCACAAGGAUGGACUGCCCUCUGUCAUGGGACUCGAGUCUCAACCCCACCCUUUGCAACUGACAGCACCGACGGCCCCAACCGAGCUGGGACACAGACUGGGACUUGAACCCACCGUUUUGAAUUAGAAUCACGCACCCGGUGUCUGGACUCACUGAGGUUCAGGUUCUUUAUGCCUCCACACAGAAGGAAUUCAGCCAGAGACAAAGUGAAGACAAAGGGAUAGGCAAGAAACAGAUCUGUUAAGAGAGGACACUUGUGAGAGAUGCAAGCGGGCAGACCCGGGAGCUCUGCCCCAGGAUCCGGUGGGCCACAGUUUUACCCUCCAAGGGGAGUGGGGGUCGGAAAAGCCCGCUUCUUCCUUACUGGAAGUAGCAGCUCCUCCUUGGUAUCCGGCAAGGUGCAAGGCGUGUGUUCAGAUCCGCAGAAGGGUGGUCCUCAAGCCUUUGCCCUUGGUCUGAACCUGAAGGCAGGCCUCGCCCAUCCCCCACCCAAGGGCAGUUCUCACGCCUCCACCAGCCGAGAGCCUGCCUUGUGCUGCCGGCUUUCCCGAGUAGUUUAUUAACUUACAGGGAUCUCUCAGCGUCCCCUAGUUCCCCCCUCCACCUGUGACCCUCUGCGGGGACUUCCGCAACCUGUCACCCGACGCCAGCCCUGUCACUUUGACCCUUCCCUCCCUCUGUGUUGUUCCCACCAUGAGUUCCCGCCACAAACGCCAUCCAGCAGCAGAUUCCUGCCACAGACCCUCCCCGUCAGGGCUGGCACCAUCCUGAGCUCAGCCCGUGCCCCUUGGACGCCUUAGUAAAUCUCUUUAGCUUUA